AUGACACCAGCGCCUACCAACCCCAGCAGCUCGUUUCAACACACCAUCUACAUUGCACACAAUGAAGUGGAGACGGGAAUCGAGGCCCGUGCCCUGCAACAUGACCUGAAUGAUCGCUACAACAGUGUCGUGUUUACCACCCCUGUGCGCCGAGACGACCCUGACGCAGUGGCGGAGGCAUGCGCCAAUAUCAAGGCUGCGGAUGUGAUUGUGCUGCUCGGGUCAAAGCUCUUCGGCAAGCGCACCUGCGACAUGUUCAGCAGUCACGACGAGCUGCGUUACAUUUUGCAAGCCAACACGCCGAUCGUGCUUGUGCACAUGUGCCACCGCUUCAAGUACUGGGCCAGCCAGCGCAUCCUCUCGACGUCCCGCUUGCAUUCGUGCGCCUGGCUAGCACACACGUUACCAUCCUCCUCGUCAGAGGCCAGGACGACGCCACCACAACAGGUCCUGCACACCAUCGAGGCGGCGAUGGCAAGAGUAACCAGCUGUGGCAGCAACCCAGCUCCUUCAGCACCAACACAACCACAGCCAGCAGCACCAACACAACUGCGACCAGCAGCACCAACACAACUGCGGCCAGCAGCACCAACACAACCACAGCCAGCAGCACCAACACAACUGCGACCAGCAGCACCAACACCAUCUGUCGUCCCGAAACAUUGCACAGUAGCCCCGACGCUGCCGACGCUGUACGAAGAAGCUGAGACCAGCAGCGUGGGCACGAGCGACGAUGGCAACGGCGCCGACGACAAGCACGCUGCAAAAACCCGCACGGACGAGGGGCGUGAUGACUCGCGGGCGUGCGUUCGCCGCCUCACGAGUGAUGCACAGGAGCACAUGUCCUGUCCUGAAGGAGCGACGGCCGCGCUCGCCGCCCUUGUUGCCUGCAGCAUCGAGAGUCCCACCAGCAUUGUGUGCUGCCUUGCACGGGAUCAACUUGCUGUGAACACCGUCCUUGGCGUCAUGCGUGCCCACCCGCGCGUAUGCGAGUUGCAGCGACUAGGCUGUCGCAUCCUGGACCGUGUGAUGUCGUUUCUCUUUAGCACACGCAAGCAGCAGCACCCACGAGAAGAGCAGCUGGACGCCGGGGAGGACGAGCACAGCAUGCGCUGUCUGCUGCGGGAACGCAUCCCUGAACCCGUGCUCACGGCAAUGUGGCACCAUCAAGGAGACGAUGCCAUCCAAGCAUACGGCUGCAGGAUUCUGCGACGGCUUACUCGGGACCCUGACAUGCAACACGAGCCCUUGGUGCGUGCUGGCGCUGUUUCCGCCAUCGCCACCGCCAUGCACACCCACACGCGCGUACCCUGCAUCCAGCGAGCAGCUUGCAAGGUUCUGACCAAGCUCAUCCUGCGGAGCGAUGAGGGCGACGCGCUUGUGCGCGAGGUUGUGGACCUGGGCAUCCUCGAAGCCUUGGCUGAGGCGCUACAGCACCACGCCAUGGACGCCGCCGUUGUUGGCGCUGCAUGCCAGUUCUCUCAAGUACUCCUGCAGUCCCUCCCUUCGCCCUCGGAUACCGCAACUCUGGCGGCUUCGGAUUCAAUCGGUGCACGCGCCCUUGCCAAGACGGCCGCAGCGCUACUGACCUCCGCCGUUGAGCUGAUAGACGAAGGACGACACGGGCCAGCAGCAGCCCACUCACACCAACAGCAGCAGCAAAAGCGGUGA